AAACUAUAAUUGUUUUAUGUGUCUAUUAAUAUAGCUAGUAUUAUCAUGAGUGAUGAUGAUUCAAAAGCUUUGGACCAAAAUGAUGAUGGUAAUGCAAAUGACGAAACACCCGAGUCUGAUCAAGUUUCACAGAUUCUAAAUGACCAGCCAAGCGCAAGUUCGCAACCAUCUGACGUUGUCAAUCAAAGGCGUACAAGUUUACAUCCAUUAGAAGAAGUAGAACUUAAUAGAAGAGUUGAAAGAAAGAGAACCUCGUCUUAUUACGGCGGAGGACCUUUACCUGCAGAUGAAAACAACGAUGAGGAGAAUGAAAGUCAACGAUCGCUACAGCGGUCUACAGCGGAUAAUAAAAAUACGCUUAACACAAGGAUGUCCUCGUUGUUGUACGAAGGUUAUAGUUCAGUAACGUCAAUUGAUAGCAGAUAUUUAGACAGUCAGCGUACAAACGAAAAAUGGAAAGAUUUUUUAGUGUUCAUGUACACUGAACCAUCAAUAAUGUUUUAUUCCAAUAUUUUUUUAAUGAUAUGUUCAAUUAUUUUAAUGAAAACAUCUGACAAAUAUAUAUCAAAUUUGGAUAUCACAAGAACGUUUCUCAACUUAGAAACAAAUAAAACAAUAUUUUUUUGUUUAUAUAGUGGCUUUUUAAUGAUGUUGUCGUGUAUUUGUGGAUUAUAUACUGCUUUAACUAUACGCAGACAACUUUGCUAUUGUAUUAGUGGUGUUAUGAUAAUUAGUGCAAUAUUUCAGCUCGGACUUGGAAUAACAAUAAUUAACAGAAUAAUUGAUCAACAUAUUAUGGUAAAAAAAGAAAUGAAGUUGAGUUUUUUAAGUUACGGCACUCAAUCAGAUGUCACACAACGUUGGAAUUCAUUUCAGUCAGAGUUAUCAUGUUGCGGAUUACAUGGUGGAAAUAGUUACAAAGCAAAACAAUUAUCAAUACCAGAAUCUUGUUAUAAAGAUCAGCAGAACCUUAAACAAUAUGCUGAAAUAAACAACUGUUAUAUGGGUUGUUUUGAUUUAGUGAAAAAACUGGAAGAAAAGUUUUUGAAUCCAGUCAUCAGUCUAACAUUUUUUUGUUCGUUUCUACAAAUGUCAAAUGCUAUUUUGAUUUUGAACUUGUUAAGACCCAAACCAAAACCAAGAAGAUACCACAUUACUUACAGAAGAACAUAAUCUGCCAAAUAAUACAAAUAAUUGGUUUGCUUAAAUAUUUGUUUGUUAAUAUGUUAGACAAAUUGGAUACAAACAAUAAUAAAUAGCCAACAAUCAAUAGUGAGGUCCAAAUACUUAACCAAUUGGGAAAAUGGAAUUGGGAUGUUACCUAAAAAAACUUCAGGACAGGAGAAAUGCAAAGAGUGAAAGUAGUGUGUUAAGAUUUUGUUUGAUUGACUUUAACUAGCCAUUUAUUAUACCAGUAGUUUCCAUGUAUUUGAUUGCCUUAUCAACCCCAAAACUCAGCUGGGAAUGUAUUUGGAGAGGUAGAUAUAUUAGCAGCAUAUCAAAUUAUAUUGUAUAGAAUCUGAGAAAGAAAGCCACCUAGUGGCUCUUAUGCAUUAAUAUGUCAGAAAUUGAAGAGUCAAACCUGUCUCAAAAGUGGCUGUUAGCAGGAAUGAUUUAAUAACAAAUAGUAUGUAGCCGGAAUGAAAAGUUUUUGCUUAUAAAGUUUGCUCAUGCCUAACGUUUGUGCAAUCAAGGAACAAGCGAGACCAGUAUUUUUUCUUUCCAACAGAUAAAAUAUAAUAUUUGUACAGAGUGAUCCAUUUAAGAGGGUACCUACACAAAUUAUUUCAAAGUCUUUUUUUUAUUAUUUAUUUUUUUGAAUUUUUUUUUUUAAACUCUUAUAUUUAUGUUUUUCUAAAACUGCAUAAUAUUAAAAUUUUUUUUUGUCCUUUUAUUGAUUGGUGAAACCACUACCAACUUUUGAUUUUCAAAUGGAAACAUAUAAUACAAAUGUCAGAAAUUGAUAAAACUAUUUUUUUUUUAUGAAUUUUGGCAUUAAAAUUUUUAUUCUUUGUUAUUUGGUUUGUUAGAUACAGUUCCUCAAAUUUUGGCUACAAGUAUACAGCUAUCCAAAUAACCAGUUUUCUUCUAUUCAUUCUUCGUAAUUCAGUAUGUCUAAUUAGUCGAUAGGCUUAUAAAUGAUUAGGGUACAAAGUACAAAAGUUAUAAUUUAUUAAUUGUUACCUUGGGUUGAACAGUAUCAAAUUCAUCACUUAUACCUCCUGGUCUAUACAAAUAAAUUAUUUAUUCAUAAUAGUAUAAUCAACACCUCCUUAUAACACCAAAUUUUGAGGAACUGUAUCUCGCAAACGAAAUAACAAAAAAUACAAAUUGUAAUGCUAAUAUUCAUAAAUAAAAUGGUUUUAUGAACUUAUGACCUUUCUAUCAUAUGUUCUUAUUUGAAAAUUUAAAUUGAUAGUGGUUUCACCAACAAAUAUAAGGGUGAAAUUUUUUUAAAUAUAAUACAGUAUUAGAAAAGCAUAAAUCUAUCAAGUUUUUAAAAAAAAUUCAAAAAAAAGUUAAUAUUUUUUGAGAUAAUUAGUGCAC